AUGGCGUUUUCAAACGGAUACUUGCUUGUAUUUUUUUUGCUCUGGGUAAGGACCUUUACUUAUGGCUUCAACAACUCUCUCAUCGGCUCAGUUCUCGGACUCGAAUCAUUUCUCAUAUAUUUCAACAUCACUGGUGAAAAUAGCAAGUCCAACUCCAUCAUCGGUGCUACAUCGGGUCUCUUCGCUGGAGGAGGUGCCAUUGGGGCUUUGUUGUCGGCCUGGCUUGUGAACAAAGUCGGGCGCGUUCGGUCUAUUCAGACCACAUGCGUUAUCUGCAUAAUCUCGGGAGCUAUUCAGGGAGGCUCCGUUUACAUCGCGAUGUUCUUGAUUGGACGCCUACUCUCUGGAAUGGGUGUUGGCUUCUGGUCUCGCUCGUUCCAAUCUAUCAGAGUGAGAUUUCCCCCGCUGAAGAUCGAGGUCGCAUGGUGGGUAGCCAUGGAUUUUUAA